AUGGCUCCUCUUGUUUGGCUCAUUACGGGAAGCACCUCAGGCUUUGGCGCCGAGUUUGUCAAGGCACUCCUUGCUAAAGGAGAUAAAGUCAUUGCUACAGCUCGCGACACCUCGAAGAUAGCCCACUUUCGUGAAGCCGGCGCGGCUGUACUGAAAUUGGACCUCCUUGCCGACCAGGCCGAGUUCGACAAGGACAGCCUCAGCAUCUACGGCAGUGUUGAUGUGCUAGUCAACAAUGCAGGCUACUCCCACUUUGGAACCAUCGAGGACGACAGGCUAGAAGAUUGGAACAAAGUCUUUCAGACGCACCUUUUUGGACCACUUGGUACCACUCGAGCCUUCUUACCUCAUUUUCGAGCACGCAAAUCUGGGACAUUUGUCUUCAUAGGAUCUACCGCCGCGUGGGGAGGUGCUGUUGAGGCCCUUAAUCUUGAGGUUGCACCAUUGGGGCUCAAGACACUUCUCGUAGAGCCAGGUUUCUUCCGCACCGAACUGCUCAACGCCAACAACACUGUCUAUGUUGAGACGAAGAACCCGGACUACAAGCCUAUUGUUGAUCCGCUCUAUGCCCAAUUUAAGGGAGCUCAUCAACAGCAACCUGGAGAUCCCGCCAAGGCAGUUUCUCGCAUCAUUGACACGGUCGGAUCCAGAGGAAGUGCUCAGGGGCGACCCUUACCUGUCAGCCUUGCCCUUGGACCGGACGCAGUUUCUCAGUUGACCAAGAAAUCUGCCCCUGAUUGGAAUGGUCGCACUCGCAAGAGGGGUUCAGAACUCAAGACAGUUUUUGAGAUGUGCGAUAUCAAUAAACUCAGUGAUCUACCUUGCAAGGUAGUCGAACACGGAUCCCGCCCAAGAUGUAUAUUCUUCUUGCGGGCACUCAUUGUUGCUACCCUGACUAUCGAUAUUAGUUUUAGUACGAUUGCAAAUUCCUACGCUAUUCAGACGUAUAAUCUUUCCCACUGGAAAUACGUGCUGUCACAGAAGCAGAAUGCGGUUGAUCUAGUUCAGGCUUGCACCAAAUCAGAGGGGUCCAGAAGUGGUCAGAAACUCAAAACUUUUGCAGGAGCUACAUGUAGGCAGUACUGGUCUAUUGUAAAGGUGAAUUGA